GAGAACCAGUCUAACAGGUGAGCUUUUGGGACAAACACAGAGGAGCACCAUCCUACAGCCGAACAUAAGUAGUUCUCCCUGAGGAGAGGAGCCUAAUUUGGGUUCAGAAUGUCGCUCCUGGCUSUUUUGGUCCUUUUGGGGACGGGAAUGAUGGUCAACUGCGAAAAGCACUCCCUCACCUACAUCUACACGGCCUUCUCCAAACCAGUGAAUCUCCCAGGGGUGCAUGAGUUCACCGCUAUGGGUUUACUGGAUAACAGUAUGAUCGACUACUAUGACAGUGACAACCAAACAAAAGUUCCCAAACAGGACUGGAUGAAAAAGCAUCUCGAAAAAGAGUACUGGGAGAAAGGCACCCAGUCCAGAAAGAGCAAGCAGCAAUGGUUCAAGGUCAACAUCGACAUAUUGAUGAAACGAAUGAGACAGAAUAACACAGAUACCCAUAUUCUUCAGUGGAUGCAUGGCUGUGAGGGUGAAACUCAGUCUGAUGGGUCGAUGAAGUUUAUCCGUGGGAUGGACAUGUACAACUAUGACGGAAGCGACUUCCUGUCCUUUGACGAUGCCGCACAGGUUUGGGUUGCUCCCAUUCAUGCAGCAGAAGAAACCAAGAGGAAGUGGGAUGAGGUCCAGGUGCUGAAGGAAUACACCAAGGGCUACCUGGAGAAGGAGUGCAUGGAAUGGAUGACCAAGUUUAGAGACUUUGGGAAAGAGCAGCUUGAAAAUGCCUCUCCACCUAAAGUGGAUKUGUUCACUCGUAAAGCCAAGUCUGAGACAAACACAAUUUUGACGUGUCUGGCUACGGGUUUCUUACCAAAGGACAUCACAAUGAACAUCAAAAGAAAUGGGCGUGUCCUGACUCUAGAGGACGGGUUGGUGACCACUGGAGUUCGCCCAAAUAACGACAACACCUUCCAGAGAAGAGAUCAUGUAGAGAUUUUGAAGUCUGACGUUUCCGUCUACACCUGUGAAGUUAAUCAUCCUGCCUCUAAAAUGCAUGUUGAAGAGAAGUGGGAUCACAUCAUUGUGGAAGACAAUGGAAAUACACCCAUCAUCAUUGGUGCUGUUGUCACCAUCCUGAUUGUAGUUGCAGCCAUUGGAGGGGCGCUUAUUUACCUUAAGAUGAAGACAAGCCGACUUGAUUGCCCUAAACGGAAAUCAGCUCCUUCAAAUUGCCCUAAAGGCAAAUCCCCUCCUUCAAACACUAAUGGCAACCCCGCCAGCCAAAACAAGGACGUCAAAGCACCCCUCUUGAAUGGAGACAAAGGUUCUUCUGAUGUCUCCCCUAAUUCAAGUGUAGCGUCUCUGGGCUACAGCUCAGACGUAUCUAUUGACAUGAAGAACUCUGGAGAUGGGCGUCAACCAGWCAAUGUUGCACCUGAAGAGAAAAAGCCCCUCAUUGAUGGGGACGGAGCUUCUAAUCCAAGUCUAAGUUCUGAGAACUCCUCUGGAUCAGAACAAACCAAUUCAACCCAAGAUUCUGGUGCUGAUGAUUCAUCUCCUAGUUCCAACAGUCAGAGCGAUGAAGAAAAGUGAAACGAGUCUGAGUAAUUAGCUAUCUCAGUCGUUUGGAACCAGAUUAUAAAAUGGCAAAAAUAAUGAGAAAUAAAUCAUGUUCCCAAGUUAUCUGAGGAAGGAAAAAAUAAGUUUUCUCCUAAAUAUAUUUACUAAAUGUUUGGGAAUGUGUAGUAAACACUAAGGACAAAGUAGUCAGUAAAGAUGCCACUACCUAAUUAGAAAUAAGAAGAAUUGGAAAGAUGAGUAUAUUCAGGUUUUUGUCUUUUCAGUUGACGUUACACUGCAAUGUAUAAAUGUAAAAUCUUCUUUUUCCUUUUGACAAAUCUACAAAAAUCCACCCAACAAAAGACAGCAAAAUAGUAA